GAUUAUCGGCUGACGUGCAUUCUGUGUUUACGUCCGAUGCAUUCGUAAACAAAACAAAUAGGUAUGGAAUACAUAAGUUAGAGAUAUGAUUAAAGCUGUCAGCAAUUGUAUUUACAUCAAAUGACAACCAUGUCAUCAUGCGCUUCAAAAUUUUCUUUGGACCUCUUUCAACAUGUCGUUUCUCAAAAUCCCCAUGGCAACCUGUUCAUGUCGCCGAGCAGCAUUUCCGUUGUCAUGACGAUGGUUCAAACUGGAGCAAGAAAUGAAACCAGAAACCAAAUGAUUUCUACUCUUCAAUUUCAAUCCAAUGAUCAACUGUUGAUACUUGCUGAUGCUGAGCAAUUUGUUAAGGUUUUGAAUAAAGGGAGCGAUCAUGUCAUACUGAGAAGCGCUAACAGACUCUAUCCGAACAGUGAUAAAGGCAUUUUGGAAGAUUAUAUUAAAGCUGUAGUCAAACAUUUUGCCUCGGAUGUCAAAAAUGUGGACUUUAAAUUAAACCCAGAAGGAAGCAGACAAGAAAUAAACAAAUGGGUAGAGGAAGUCACAAACGAAAAGAUCAAAAACCUUCUACCAAGCGGAUCUAUCAAUUCACUCACCAGAAUGGUAAUUGCAAAUGCCAUCUAUUUCAAAGGAAACUGGGCGAUACAGUUUGAGCCAAAGAGUACAAAAAAAUCUGAUUUUCAUACAUUGGACGGAAAAUCUUUGAAGAUAGACAUGAUGAAACGAGAAAUGAAGAAAGUGCGAUAUGGCGAGAAUACAGCUUUGGAUUGUAAGGUUUUACAUCUGCCUUAUAUUGGGGAUGAAAUGGCUAUGGUAGUUCUACUUCCAAACACCGUCACUGGGUUGCUGGAAAUGGAGAAAAGGAUAAACGUCAAAAAAAUAAACCAAUGUAUCGAAGAUGUUUACUCACCAACUGUCAAAGUUUCUGUUCCGAAAUUCAAGCUCGAGAGUUCACUCCAGCUUUCAGAUACAUUAUCUGCUCUAGGAAUGCCUGAUGUGUUCGAUGCAAACAAAAGUGACCUCUCUGGAAUGGGGAAGGAUUUGUUUGUUUCUGAAGUGUUCCACAAGGCGUUUGUUGAUGUCAACGAAGAAGGUACAGAGGCUGCAGCUGCAACUGCUGGGACAAUUGUGUUUUUUAGUGCACCGCCUCCUCCAAAGAUAUUCACAGCUGAUCACCCGUUCAUGUUUAUGAUCUGGCUCUACCCCCUAAAGGCGCCACUUUUUGUUGGUCGUUAUACUGGAUCAACAUUGGAAGCUGCUCAGUCUCGAGACAAACUCUAGAUUGCACGGUUUCAGCAAAGAAACUUCGCGGAAAAAUAUCAGCAGUCUCCGAAUGUCAAGAAUCGUUAAGUUAAUAUACCUUUUCCUUCGGCUGUUUAAAAUAGAUUGUGUAAUGAAAACAUGAGAGACAACUUGGUGAUAAUGUUUGUUGAUAUUAUAUCUUUACCAAGUUCGAUAACCACCCAGAUCACUUAAAGACUGUCGGAAUAAUUGCCCUUCAUAUAUAUAUAAGACCAAGUUAACAUUGCCCAUUUAAUAACUCAAACAGUUAAAUCGGAUAAUCAUUUCACUUAGUGACAAUAUUUAUUGGCAAACUAUCUCUGCAGUUUUUAUAACCAGCAAUAUCGCUUGAAGCAUUUGUGAAUUGUCGUUGAAUUAAAAAAGGCUCAAUACGUCUUUGUUGGAUAUUCAUGAAUAUUUGUGAAACAAAUUUGUGAGCAUAUAAACUUGGACAAGUUUGAUGAACAGCUAUAUCAUAUAAAGCACUUUUGAUUAACGAUAUAUUAAUAAUAAAUAUCAAUCACAUUAUCAUCAUUUUGUCUUUUAACAUUACUUAUAUAAUCCAUUAAUCGUAUGAUCUUAAAAAUGGUUCAAAAUGUUCAUGGUUAUAAAUCCUUAACAAGUAUGAUGGUCAGUCUGAUCGCCGGAAGCUUUUCUUAACUAUGACCUUUGUAUAUGGCCAUAUUUUCAAAAUCAAUGGUGUCUACUAUCUUAUUUAAAUUGUUAUUAUCUUGCAGUCUUCGAAAUAAGCACACGCCCGAUCGCCCGUGGCGAGUAAAAUUACUGCCGGGCACAUACAAAAAUUCACGUUUGUGGCCCGCCGGGCAUGUAAAUUAUUGAUGCCAAUUGACAGUUUAUAUAAAAAAAUCGUAAGCGGUUCUUGAUAUUUGCAGAUCUAUUUUUCAAUUUUGCGAACAAACACCUUGCCGUAAGUUGUAAAACAAUGAAAUUCGAUUGGUUUAACAACACGCACCUGCUUGCACACGUCAUUGUUAUUGUUUUUGACCGAUGCAGUUCGGUCACAUUCGGUUCUUAUCGACGGUUUCUCUAGACAUUAAUCGAGAAGAUGCUUUUUGAAUCGAUCAUUUCAAUCAAGUAAUUCGCUUCCGUUUUUGUCAAUGUAAACAAAUGUCAUUGUCGACAUAGAGGCUAUGCAGUAUCUUAGGUAUGUUGAUGGGGCUAAGCCCGAUAAAGCACUUCCAAAAUAGAAAAUUGACAAUGAUUUAGAGAAAAAGGAAGCCAAGAAAUGGUACGAGGACACCAGAGAACGCUCUUUUCAAGAGCACUGGUGUAAAGAUCGACCGUCUUAAUUCUAGUCACAUAUUAGAUGUAAUUGUAUUCACUACUAUUGAAACAAAUGUUCUGCUUUACUAUGUGUAGCAUGUAAGUGUUAAAAUGUUGUGAUUUGUUAUAAUUUUGGUUAAAAAAGUUUGGGCAUGUAAAAAAUAUGUUGGGCAUGUAAAAAUUCUUAAGUAACUGGCCCGACUGGCAUGUAACUUUUCAAAGCUAAUUUCGAAGACUGAUCUUGUAAUCAUCAAACGUGAUUGAUAUUAGUGUGAUUUAUCUUUUUAGAACGUAUUUCAUUUUGCAAAAACUAGGUAGUUUUAUUUAUCAGGACAUUGCUCGUCUUGUUCCUUAUAAUGAUGUUUCCAUAAAUGUAUGUUUUAUAAUUUGCCGACGUUAUUAAAUGCUCUGUACAGGUGUUAUGAUUAAAGCAUUGUCUUACUGUACUGAUAACACUUUUUAUGCCCUCGGUAGGGUGGCAUAUAGCAGUUGAACUGUCCGUCAGUCAGUAUGUCAGUCAGUAUGUCAGUCUGUCCGUCCGUCCGUCCGAAAAAAAACAUUGGCCAUAACUUUUUCAAUAUUCAAGAUAGCAACUUGAUAUUUGGCAUGCAUGUGCAUCUCAUGAAGCUGCACAUUUUGUGGUGGAAGUUCAAGGUCAAGGUCAUUCUUCAAGGUCAAAGGUCAAAAAAAAUAAAUCAAAGCGGCGUUUUCGUGAAGCUGCAUAUUUUGAGUGGUGGAAGUUCAGGGUUAAGGUCAUCUAUCAAGGUCAAAAGUCAAAAAGAAAAUAAAUUGUUUUUCAAAGCGGCGCAAUAGGGGGCAUUGUGUUUUUGACGAACACAUCUCUUGUUGAUGGCUAAACUGUAUACUCUACACUACCCAUGCUAUCACACAUUUGUAUGUGCAAACAAGGGUAUUUGUAAUAUAUUGUUUGUAAUAUGUUGUUAAUAGAUGGAUAGCCGAUGCUUAUAUGUCAAUAUUUACGAAUAGGUGUUGUUAAAUAUCUCUGUAAAUUUUUCAUCAAAAAUUGUCAAACAAUGUUUAAUGAUUAGUAUUCUAAGUUAAGAAGUGUGUGAUGACCCUCACUUCUGGUAAACGUUUGUGAGCUUUUGCAAAAAUUCAGGUCUACAUGAUGUUUGGUUAUAUCUAGAAUCAUUUAAUAUAAACAGUUUGAUACUAAUUUUACGCAAUAUAUUACAAUAGGUGUCCAUUUGGUGAUAAAUUCUAAAUGACUCCCACCUGUGCAAUAUAAUAAGUACCAGAAAUCUUUUCUAAUUAUACUGCCUUAAAAAAUCAUGAAAAAUAACAUUAACAAAAGAUGCACCAGUUCAAUACAAAUAAUUUCUGAGUUGUAGAUCGGUCUUUAUUAAAAUUUAUUGCAAAGAUUCUUAAGUUAGAAAUGACACCAAUAUGCAAUAUAUACCUACUACAUGUAGUAAAGAAUAUAAAAGUCAGUUAACCAAACUUAUGGGGCAAUCCUCAUAUGACUUAAAUAUUAUGAAACCCGUGAAAAAAUAGGCAUGCACAAUUUUCACAGUGCAAUAACGAACACAUAUUUAUAGUCAGCUUUGAUGCAAGCCUCAACCUUAUCGAGACAGUAUUUAUUUAUUGGAACAAUAUUUCAAAAUGUUGAUCCGCAUCCAUUUGUACCCUUGUAAAAUGUUAAGUAGUAACUAACUGAUUAUAUAAAUUCAAUAUUUAAUACACAACUGUACACUGAGAUCAACAACUUUCGCACGCCAAUAUAGUCUGAGUUUUCAUAUAUGCAACACUUGUCUAAAUAAAAUUAAAAAGAAAAUGUGAUUUCACAAAAAAGUAGAGUUUCUAGAUUACUGAAAGCCAUUAAAUUAUAUGUAUAUUGUUGUCCUAUUGCUUGUUAAUAAUUAUUUUGAACAGGUAA